AAAAAGGGGUGAGGGACAAAGAUGGCGGCCCCCCUCGGUACUUUCCGUUUUUGAAGUUUAAUUUUUUAACGAUAACUCGUACACAUACGCGUCAUGCCAGCAGUCUGAUCGAAGUUUUAUCAGCUACGAUCAGGAAGGACUAGUAAUUUUUUUUCACUUCGAAAUAUCUCAUCGAUGCGAAGUGAGACGUGCGUGAGAAAGUCGCGUGCGGUGUUUACGGCCAUAACCUAUUUCGAGCGUUCGUGUUUUUAGUUCCAAUUUUCCAAACAAUGGCAAUGAGCGAGGAUUUUAAUUUUGCCGAGCUCUGUAGGCUCUGUUCGUUGAAAAGCAAUCAUCACUUACAAAUAUUCGACAAAGAGGGCGAACAGCGUCAAUUACUUUUUAAAAUACGUUCUUGCAUUCCCGCCGUGAUAACAAAGGAGGAUGCACUUCCAAAGAACAUCUGUCAGAGAUGCGUGUACAAAUUGGAUAUGUUCUAUGAAUUUCGUGUAAGCUGCAUGACCACAGAUACAGUAUUGAAAAAUUAUGCAGAUAGUUUGAAGAAUCUUGCUGCAUCUGUAACAAAUCAGAGUAACGAUAAGGACAAGAUGUCGAACGGUGGUCAACAACAAAGAACGGCGUACGUUGAGGCCCAUGCUGCAGUUCAACAGCACAUGGCACAACAAGCAGCCCAGGCAAGACUGGCUGGUCCUGGACCACCUACCAACCCACAGGCUCCUAAUCCUACUUUCACCCUACCUGACGAUGGUCUUGGUUAUGACGACGGUGUACGUGUACUUCGUUCUAUCGGCACUUGGUCACCUGAUUAUUCGGCAGCAAUGAGACCAGGCGGUGUAAUGCCAGCAUUUCCAGGAUCAACCGAACAACAAUUUGCUAGUUCUAGAGCACCAUCGAUCAAUCAGCCUCUUCGAACGACUAACAACGUUGGAAUACGUCCUGGAUCAGUAUCAAAAGCUACAAAUACCGGGGAACCGAAUACAAAGGCAUUCGCUUGUACCGUAUGUGGAAAAGGUUUGGCACGUAAGGAUAAACUCGUCAUUCAUAUGCGUAUACACACCGGAGAGAAGCCUUAUUCCUGCGAGGUUUGCGGUAAAGCGUUCGCGCGUAGAGACAAGUUGGUAAUACAUAUGAACAAGCUCAGACAUAGGCCUGGAGUUACGCCACUUUCCACUCCUACGGCACCAAGUACGGAUCAACAGCAACAACAACAACAACAACAACAACAACAGCAACAACAACAGCAGCAAGCGUCGCAGCAACAACAACAACAACAACAGCAACAACCACCUCGUCAAGAUACCAUUCAUAAGCUAAAAGAGGAGCCUGUUAGUUGGGCAUGCGAAUUAUGCGGAAGAGCGUUGGCUACGCGUGACGAGUGGAUGCAACAUGCACGAUCACAUUUAGAAGCAUCAGCACCGCCACAGCACGCGGCUCCUUAUUUUCCUGGCUCGGCACCGCCGCCACAGCCGUACGCAUCGGAAAGGCAUUUUUGUCUUAUGUGUCGUACUGAUUUCACGGAUAAAGCGGAAUUCAUGUUUCAUGUACGCUCACAUUUUGAGCCACAUGCCAGCCAACAAACGCAACAGCACUCCAGUGGAAAACAAGGAAGUGACCCGGCAACCGCUGAACUGAUUGCUCGUGGUCUGGUUGAUCCCUCGGGAUUAUGCAGCUAGAACUACAUCUCCUCAUGUCAUUAUUUUACCGUCGAUCCGUGUCUUACCAUAGUACAAGUUCUCCAUUGAAUCUCGACCAGGACUCGUGCAUAGAUUUUCAUGCGUAUUGUGAUUAUAAUGAAUGUAUACAUACAUACAUACAUACAUACAUACAUACAUACAUAGAUACAUACAUACAUACAUACAUACAUACAUACAUACAUAGAUACAUACAUACAUACAUACAUACAUACAUACAUACAU